GGGCGGGGUGGGUCGGGACGAAGAGUUUAACUACGUGCCUGGGAAUCGCGAUUACUUGGACUUCGGCAUUUGUACGCAUGCCUACAAAAGAAGCACGCGUCGGUGGGGUGGAGCGGGUCAGGCGGCGGGUGAGGUGAAUGUGCCGGCCGGAAACCCGAAGCCCGUGACCGCGUCCUCUCCCACGGCCGCCUCGGGAGCCGCGAGGGAACAUGGCGGCGCCCGGCGCCCGGGGCUGCAGCCUGGCGGGCCUGCUGCCCGCGCAGACCUCGCUGGAGUACGCCCUGCUCGACGCCGUCACGCCGCAGGAGAAGGACGGCCUGGUCUACCAGUAUCUGCAGAAGGUGGACGGCUGGGAGCAGGACUUGGCCGUGCCCGAGUUCCCGCGAGGACUAGAAUGGCUGAACACAGAAGAGCCCAUUUCUGUCUACAAGGACCUGUGUGGCAAGGUGGUCGUCCUUGAUUUCUUCACCUACUGCUGCAUAAACUGUAUCCACCUGUUGCCGGAUCUCCAUGCGUUAGAGCACACCUAUUCUGAUAAAGAUGGUCUUCUGAUAGUUGGCGUUCACUCGGCCAAGUUUCCAAAUGAAAAAGUCCUGGACAACAUUAAGAGUGCUGUUCUUCGCUACAACAUCAGCCACCCUGUGGUUAAUGAUGCAGACGCCAGCCUUUGGCAAGAAUUAGAAGUUUCCUGCUGGCCGACUCUGGUCAUCCUUGGACCUCGUGGAAACAUGUUAUUUUCUUUGAUUGGAGAAGGACACAAAGAUAAAUUAUUUUUAUAUACUUCAAUAACUUUGAAGUAUUACAAAGACAGGGGUCAGAUCAGAGAUCAUAAAAUUGGGAUAAAACUCUAUAAAGAUUCUUUGCCCUCUUCACCAUUGCUCUUUCCUGGCAAAGUAACUGUAGACCAAGUUACUAAUCGAUUGGUAAUAGCAGAUACGGGACAUCAUAGAAUUUUGGUCAUCUGGAAGAAUGGACAAAUUCAAUACAGCAUUGGAGGACCUAACCCUGGAAGAAAGGAUGGGAUGUUUUCGGAGGCAACUUUUAAUUCUCCACAAGGUGUAGCCAUAAUGAAUAAUAUCAUAUAUGUGGCAGAUACUGAGAACCACCUUAUAAGAAAGAUUGACCUGCAAGCUGAGAAGGUGAGCACUGUGGCUGGCAUUGGAAUUCAAGGAACAGAUAAAGAAGGAGGGGCAGAAGGCGAGCAGCAGCCCAUUAGCUCCCCCUGGGACGUGACAUUUGGAACAUCAGGUUCAGAGGUCCAAAGAGAUGACAUUCUAUGGAUAGCCAUGGCAGGGACCCAUCAGAUAUGGGCACUCCUGUUGGACUCUUGCAAACUGCCAAAGAAAAAUGAAUUAAAAAAGGGAACCUGUCUUCGGUUUGCUGGAAGUGGAAAUGAAGAGAAUCGAAACAACGCCUAUCCUCACAAGGCAGGUUUUGCCCAGCCUUCAGGUCUUUCUCUGGCCUCUGAGGAGCCCUGGAACUGCCUUUUUGUAGCGGACAGUGAGAGCAGUACUGUGAGAACCAUCUCACUGAAGGAUGGAGCAGUGAAGCAUCUUGUCGGAGGAGAAAGAGACCCCAUGAAUUUAUUUGCUUUUGGUGAUGCUGAUGGAGUAGGAAUCAACGCAAAACUUCAGCACCCACUUGGAGUAGCAUGGGACAACAAAAGGAAUUUACUUUAUGUGGCAGACUCCUAUAAUCACAAGAUUAAAAUUGUGGAUCCUAAAACAAAGAGCUGUACAACAUUAGCAGGAACUGGAAACACAGAUAACGUUACUGGUUCCAGUUUCACCGAAUCAACUUUUAAUGAGCCGGGAGGCUUGUGUGUUGGAGAAAAUGGUCAAUUGUUAUAUGUAGCAGACACCAAUAAUCAUCAAAUUAAAGUGAUGGAUUUAGAAACAAAAACGAUUUCUGUGCUCCCCAUCUUCAGAUCUGCAAGUUCUGUGGUAGAUGGUCCAGUUCCGGGAGAAACACAGAAGACGUUACCCAAGCUGCCUAAAUCUGCCGCAAGCAUCAGGCUUUCCCCUGUGACCGCACGUCCUGGCCAGACUCUUCAGUUCAAGCUACGGCUCGACCUUCCAUCGGGAACGAAGCUAACCGAAGGAAUGCCCAGUUGCUGGUUUGUGACAGCUGAAGGCAAUGAAUGGCUUCUUCAAGGACAGAUACCAUCUGGAGACAUAGAGAGCAUUUCCAAUCAACCAACAAUUUCACUGCAAGUUCCUGGCCAUUGCUUGUCACUUGAAGCUGUUGUAUGUGUCAAUGUUCUGCUCUAUUAUUGCAGUGCGGAUAGUGGCGCUUGUAUGAUGCAGGGAGUUCUGUUCCGGCAGCCUCUGCAGAUAAGUGACACGCAGCAGGGCUGCGCAGCUCCUGUAGAGCUCAGGCAUGUAUUCUAGCAAGGCAGCUGGCAGUCCUCACCACAGCCCCAUCCUUCCUGACCGUCACUAUAACUUACGAGGAAAACUUAGUUUCUGCCUCUGGAAACCAAGCCACCAUUCCCCGUUUCUAGCAAAUGUUACUAAAAUAAAGCCAUGCUCUUUAUUUACUUUUUAUAUUGUAAAAAAAAAUUCCUUCAUUCUGGCUGUGUGCAAGCUAACUCACUGACCAUCAUUUGAACUGUAAUAUAAUCUAUGCUGCUAUUUUGCAUAAGACUGAAGUCCACAGUAGAGGAGAGAAUAUGAUCACAAUUUGCAGUGAAUACUGAUAAUAGUAAUACUAGGUAUUUUAACCUACUUUUGCUACCAUUAUUAAUAGCUGUUGGCACACUUGAACGUGUACAUUUCACAGUAACUUUAGAAAGAGCCUACACUUUAGUCCACGUGUUUAUAUAAGGACAUCUGCCAUUCAAGACAUGAGGUCUGUUUUCUGCCCCACUAAAGGUAUUUCCAUCACAGUAGAAGCUGAAGAAUACAUGGCUGGUAAAUAUGAUCUUUAUUCUGUGAUUUUCUCUACUGAGAUAUUUUUAAAGAUAAUUUUUAUCUAUUUUUAUUAUAAAUUAUUUGUUUUAAUAUGCCAUUAUUAAUGCCUUGUAACUUUAUACAGAAACAGUUGAACAUAGAAUCUCUAUGUGCAUAUAGACCCACUCCUCUAAACUUCUUCCAGUUAACAAAUGAGUCCUCAGAAGUAUUAUGACUUCCAUGGAGAAAGAGACAUAAGGAUACAUUACUGUGUGUGAUAAAGACUUUAUUGUGUAGCUGAAUCUCAUGUGAAUGGGUAUAUGUGUUGUUUUAGCACUUACAUUUCAUUUGUAAGUAUUCAAUGAAGGUUUGCUAGGUUAUGAUUUUGGGUUUUGUGGUUCUUAUAUUCAAAUUUUAAAUUAUGAUCACUUGCUAUGAUGUUUUUAAAUAUCACUUUUAACUCGUCAAAGUGAAAUUUCCAAUGUGAAAUACUUUCAUACUGUUAUGGUGCUAUAAUACUAUAGUACCAAAAUACUAUAUUAAGUAUAGUAUAUUCUAAUAUAUUACUCUUGAAUAUAUUAAGCCUGAAAUAUGUAGUGAUUUGAUGACACUGCUUUCUUGGUUUUUUAACCACAAAAGAAAAAGCCACUGAAGGUAGUUUUUUGAAUUACCAUAAUUUAGCCUAUUCCUGUUUUUCCUAAAACUAAUUGAACGUAUUUGUGACUUAGGCACUUAUAGGAUUUUUUUAAAACAACAGGUGAACCAUGUUUAUUUAUUCAAUAAAUAUUUAUAGACAGUAUGGCAUAAUAUGCUUCCCCUCCUUCAAAAACAAUGCUGUAUUUGAAAUGUAAUCUUUUUAGCACCAUCAUCUGCCCACUUCACUGUUUCUGGAAAUAUAGUAUUCGCUUCUUUUAUUCAUAAGGUUAAAUCUCUGAAUUAAGAGAAUGUAUAGCUUACGACUUUGAUUUACUUAGUAGCCUUCUAAUAUGUUUUUAAGAGAAGCAUCAAUGUAAAAUUAAAAAUUAUAUGCACAAGUAAUUACCUCAUAAACCUUUCUCUCCACAAAUAACCAGGAAAAAAAUGUUCUGUCAUAAAAGGAUGUGUAACAUUUACAUUCUCUUUUGUGGAAAAUAGGCCUUAGUUAAUCUCAUUUUAGUUGAAAGGAUGCAAAGACUUCCUGUUUCAGGACAUAAACAGUUUCACUCUCUAAAAGAAGUGUAUUUAAUUUUAACUUGCUAGUUUAGAAAUAACUAAUAAUUUAUUUUUCAGUGUAAUAUACAAACAUACAGUAUAUAUUAUAUAUUUGCAUAUAUGUUAAAAAUCCAGAAAUAUCUUUUAGAGUCCCUUAAUUUUCCCUUUGUUUAAACAGAGUUUUAGGUUAUUGUUAAGUUUAUCCUUUUCUUGACUUUCAAAGUAUAGUUUUAUUGAAUUUGUUUCCGUACCCACUGCCACUCUGCUUUGUUUUUUACAUUGAAAAUAUUAUUUAUAGUGGAUUGGUAUUAUUUUGAUAAGUCACACUAAAGCAAUGUAAAUAGGUUCCAAGAAUCUAUGACUAGCAUAAGCCUCUAAUAUAAGAGGAAGUACUACACAGUUUAUUUUUAAAACUUCUUGAUCCAUGUCUGCCUUCUGUUUUCUGUAAGGGUUGUGUAUACUUUUUUAAUUUGUGCUUUUCUCCCUUUCUAAAUUAUUGUGUUCGGUGAUAGUUUAAAGAGUGUAGGUCACAUUAAUCAAAAUGGCAGUGAGGUAGCGUUACACACACUUCAACAUAAUACCUAAUCUUUGCCCUAAAUUAUUCUGCUGAUUUGUUAACUUUUUUCCAUCCUUGUGAUAUUUCAUAGUUAUUAGAUUUUUUCUGACUUUGUACUCAGGAUUAAUAUCCCUAUGAAGAAUCUUGCUUAUCUUGAAUAUUCUAUCUCAAGCAAAUAUUUAACCUACUCACAAAGGAACACCUUGCAGUUUAAUCACCUGUAAAGUGUAACUUUGGCAAAGUUCAAUGAGUUUUCUCCUUUACUAUUUGAAUAAUAUAUUUAGAUGUUCUAUUAUCAGGCCUUCAGAAAAAACUGUACAUCUGAACACAGCCUAACCUGUGUCUGGAUGAGUAUGUGUGUCUGUGUGUGUAUGUAUACACAGAGAAAAAGAUCCAUUCAAGAAUUACUUACAUGUUUCUUUUGAUGGGCAGUACACUUUGAAGCUAAUUCCACUGAACCAGGUUGUUCUUUGCUUGUUUUUCCAUAGUUGAAAGAUUGGGGAAGAUAUUGAAAAUACUUACCUCUAUAAUAUAAUUUUCUUUUCUACCUGCACAAUAUUGACUACUAGUUUAUAUCUGCUAAUUAAAAACACUUCAGUCUAUCCAUCAUAGUUGGCUUCCUGCUUAAGACCAAUCAUCAAAAACCAACUAGAUUCCAUAAUUCAGAAUUACCUAAAAACAUGUACAGAUGGAUGUUUUAAUUUUAAUUCUACACUUCUGGAUUUUUUUUCAGUGAACAGUUUGUUAUUCUUAAAACCAGUGGAAAAGAACUAAAGUUUUUUAAGUACUUAAAAUUGAGUCAUAAGCACUUACAUAACUUCCCUAAAGUCACUUUUAUUACCAAAGAUCAGAAUACUGUUUGGUGUCCUUUGAUCUACUGGUUCUCUUUCCUUAAGUAUACGACCUGGUGAAGACAGAAAUGAUUAUGGCUUUCUCCUUCUAGUAUUUCUGUUGUAUAAUGUAGUGCAGCGGUUCAGAGCAUGGACUUGGAUUCUGACUCUCUAAAAUGAGGCUUACAUAGUUGCCUUAUCAUUGAGCGGUUAGUAUUUUAUAAAACUGUUAGUUAUUGGCUUAGUAAUAAUAAUAAAUUGUGGCCAUAGGCACAAAUAGCUUGACAUUUUCUUUGCAACUGCAAUUUCUAAAGGUGAUUAUUUCUCUACCAACUAUUUGAUACAUUAAUAUUUUCCAUCAAUUUAAGGCUCAAGAAGAGAAAUGUAGUUUUAUAAUGAAUCAUAUUAGUAUUGUAUAAAUAAUCUUAUAGUUACAAAGAAACAUUCCUACAGUAUUAUUAAAAAUUUUUAAAGGA